GGGCUUCUGUCUCUCUUGUCUGUGAACCAUCUACUACACUACAACCAUCCCUUACUGGAACAGGCACAGUGACAGACAGGGUUAGCUACAGACCAGCCGCCUGCCUCACACAGCUAGAGUACAAUACCAAACCAGCAUACCUGAAAGAAGACUUCUCCCAACCAAACUAUGAACAGACUUCAGCACUAUAGUGAGGUCGCAGGACUGGGAGUGAAGAAGAUGAUUUUAACUACUAUAUUGAUGGUGUCUCUCUAUGGGCUCUCUCUGGCCCAAGGGGAAGGAAUGGAGAGGAUCCAGGAAUGUAAAACCAGAUGCUCCAAGGGCCUCCAUUGCAAAAGUAAAACCCACUAUUCCUUUGCCCCAUGCAGGACCCAGAAAGCAGGCCUCAACACCAGUGUUGUCUUCCACAACGUCAGCCUGUCCACAGUGAUGAGGUGUGAGGGGAAACAGAAGUGCUCUCUUCACUUUCGAGUUCACACUGCUCUUCAGCUCAGUGAGCACAUCCAUGGCGUCUCCAUAUGCACUGUCACCGCAGGGAUGAUGUUGGAAAUCUGUAGGCUCGUCAGCUUCCCCAGAGUAGCCAGAGAGAGACUGGAGGGACAGCAGUUGGAGGUUCAGAAUGACUGCUCUGAGGUGUGGCCAGGUCAAUACGUUCACGUCUCUCUAAAGACAAAUCCAAGCUACUGUGGAGUCACCUGGACAAGCACUUACCAAGUCCCAGAAUGUAGCAGCAGAGAUCUUCGGAGUAACAUUCCAGAAUGCAUCACUGGGAGGCUAGCGUACACUGUGGACUCAGACAGAAAGGAGCUGGCUGUGUCUGUCUCAGACAUGCUGGAGGAUAAAGACUAUCACCUGAGACUGUGUCACAGAAAAGACUACACCUGUAGAGACACAGGGGCCAACGCACUGAUCAGAAAGGAGGAUGUGCUGAAGAAUACUACUCUGCAGUAUUCUACACCUUUGCCCUGUCUCUGCAUCGAGGGCUGGUCUGCCACUUCUGAUGCACCCAGAGUUCAAGUCUUUCCCUUCAGAGACAAUCUGAAGGAGUUGUGGUCCGGCAUUAACUUUGACCCGGUGGAGGAGUUGUUGUCAUGGGAACCGGUGUGUCCUGUUGUUGCGGUGAUCUCACUGUGCCAAAAACAAGGGGACGAUGAGUGUGACGAUCUGGCUGGUUCAUCACAGACCCUCAACAGGGAGAAGAUAACAUUCUCCACAGUGGAUCCACACCCACAGCUUUGCAUGAAGUUUACAACAGAUUCUGGAUCCUGGAUCCGGUGCCCCUUUGCAGAUGGGAAUUUCCAAGCUUGGGACCUGGGUGUCGACCAGCUGGGGCUGGUUUUAACGUCACGGGUCAGAGCACCCCUCUCUCUUCAUGUGUGUGUGAAGACGGGGACCUCUGCAUGCCACCCAGAACACACACUCCCUGUACAUGUGGAGAAAUCCGCUAAUCUCAACCUGACUGUGGACGUAUGCCUACCAAACACCUGUGUCCAGGUGAAGAGGCUUAACGUAAAGUAUGCUGUCACCAUCCUUCAUUGCCAUAUACGAUGCUCGGACCUAGCUGAUGCCCGUGGCCGUGCCCGUGCCCCUGCCAUGGUUGGGCAAACUCCGGCCUUGCAAGGCUACUUGGAGCUGAUCUGGGUAGUGGUGCCAGCUGUGGCCUGUCUCACUGCUGCUGUCAUAGUGGCAGCUCUAGUCAUCAAAGCCCUAAUAACUGUUCACCAGAGGAGGCACAGAAAAGGACGGCAUGGGGUCUGUACAUUGAAACAACAAACAGAAUCUCAUGCUGUUGCUGUUGACCGCGCCACCCCAGGACUCCAAGACCAGACUACUCUCCAUAAAGAGAUGCCCAUACCUUACACUCUUCCGUUUGAAAAUUGCGAAAGGGCUAACUUACUGCAGUUUUAAUUUAGUCUUAGAUUUAGUCUUAAAUUAGAUUUGAGCUUCGUUACAUUUUUGUCAUUUAAUCUUUCGUUAAUUUUUGUUAUUUUCAGUCGACGAAAACCCGGAACAAUUUCAGUCUAGUUUUAGUCACAUUUUAGUCUGCACAUUUUUUUCUACAUUUAAACAACUCAUAUUUACCUCUUACUUGCAUCAUGUGCACACUUAGCUCUGAAAAGCCCUUCUCUGUAGGAUAUUCAGCUGUUAACUUCGGUCACGACUGGCUCCAUGGGAACUACAAUCCUAUCGCUGUGUUUUAGCUUUUAGAAACGUCAAUAAUCAUCAGAUUCAUAUCUGAGAGAAUGAAUCUUUCAAAUAAAAAAGAUACACUUACUUAACCAGAUUUGCACAGAUCCAUAAGCUGUGUGUCUCCAUUCGGCAAACUACACUUCCGCUACACUUCCCCCCCCCAGUUAUUCUUACACACAAGUGUUCGGAGCAUGCUAGAUAGCUAAUGAGCACAGAUGUUUUCCUAAGUCUUCCGUAAAACAAGUGCUGUAACUUUGAGAUAUGGCCGUGUGGGAGCACCAAUCUUAACCCUAUAAAGGUGUAGUAAUUUAACCUUCACUUUAAAAAAAAAAAUCUCACUGAUAUGAAAGAUUCCUCAUGUUUCUAAAACAUUACCGCAAGCGAUGCGUGUUGACGUUCAGAGCGAGCGUCGGGUCCCCAGGAAAAAUGCAGAUCCGAUUUUCUCCAUAUAAUAACCAUCAGAGUUGGUUAAAUAACAGUGCUUUCCUUCAAAAUAAGAGAAUCUGAGCUUUCCCACAAUGCCAGAAGAUUUACUAUACUCCUAAUAUUCAGCAAAAAUCAUUUGUUUUCCCAAUUGGAAAAAGCAACUGCACUUCGCUAUUGCCAACACAGAUGAAUAAAAGUGCACAUGGCACAAUAGAGCUUCUGAUGUGAUCAGAGCAAAAAUGACCAAAAUUAAAGCAAAGAUUUAAAAUACAUUAUUGUUUCUAAUUGAGGUUAGUUUGUUACAAUUUAAGUAUCCUGUCUGCGCAUCAGCUCAAAAGAGAGACCGAGAUUAGUGAUUAAAGUGACUGGGAGCUGUUUUUGUGGGAGAGCCAGAUCAAUACAACCAGCCCAUGCAACAGAAAGAUGUUAUCGGCUAAUGAGAGGAUUGCAUUAUAUAUUCUGCACAGGGAUGCAUGCUUAUAAUUGGACAAAACAGAUUUAAAGGAGUUUCAUGUGAAAUUGAAUGUCCAUUUGUCUCACGUGGAAUUCUCGCCUCGUUACAUUUUACAAUUAAAAGUAAUUGGUAAUAGUUAUAGUUUUUUCCAGAGCAUUUCAUCUCAUCAUUAGUUUCAUCAGGAAAAAUAGGUUGUUGACUACAGAGAGCUCAAACACGAGAUGUAUGUGGCAGUGUCUACAGUCAAUCAUGGAUUUCAAAAAGAAAACCAGCCCCGUCAUGGACAUCAACAUCUUGCUCCCAGACAAAUUAAACAACUUCUUUGCUCGCUUUGAGGAAAAUACAGUGCCACUGACACGGCCCGCUACCAAAGCCUGUGGGCCCCCCUUCAUUAUGGCCAACUUGAGUAAAACAUUUAAGCGUGAUAGCCCUCGCAAGACUGCCGGCCCAGACGGCAUCCCUAGCCGCAUCCUUACUGACAUAUUCAAUCAAUCCCUAUCCCAGUCUG